AUGAACUCCGUUCACGCUGCUCCCGUCCCUCCCUCCCCUCCCCGUCGCCCCAAGAAGUCUGACAAGUGGACCCAAGACAGGAAGCAGCGCCACAAGCUCUCCUGCAGGAACAAGAGCAGGCUCAGCCUCCAGGACAAGAUGGACAUCGUGUCGCUCUUCUACAGUCCGAUGCCGCCGUCAUCGUCGACGACGCAGGUGGUCACGCAGAGCUCCAUCGCCAAGAUGUACGGGAAGAGCCGCUCCGCCAUCUGCAAGGUCCUCAAGUCGAAGCAGGUAGAGGCCUUGCUCCAAAAGGUGUUAACGGCCGGUGACACGGGAAGAGAGCGGUGGGCGGGGACCCAGGCCUUGCGGGAGGCGAAGAUGCCGAGCAUAAAGAGAGAGGGAGGGGAGGAGGAGUCUUCUGCGGACGCGAAGGAGCUUUGUGGAAGCGGGCGGAUGCUGAAUGUGAGCACCAAGGAAAGAGGAUGA